AUGACGAACACAGCAAUUUCCGAUCAAUCCUUAAUGGAUAAAUCAAUGCGCAGUGUUUUUGUUGGAAAUAUUCCAUAUGAAGCUACUGAAGAGGGUUUAAAAGAUAUUUUUAGUGAAGUUGGUCCAGUUUUAUCAUUCAAAUUAGUGUACGACCGAGAGACUGGAAAGCCAAAAGGCUAUGGGUUCUGCGAGUACAAGGACCAAGAAACCGCCUUGAGCGCGAUGCGAAAUUUGAAUGGUCAUGAAACUAAUGGCAGAACAUUGAGAGUUGACAACGCGUGUACUGAGAAAAGUAGAAUGGAGAUGCAGGUUCUGCUCCAGGGCCAGAACACAGAGAACCCUUAUGGAGAAGCUGUGCAGGCAGACAAGGCUCCGGAGGCGAUCAGCAAGGCAGUGGCGUCUCUGCCACCUGAGCAAAUGUUCGAGCUGAUGAAACAGAUGAAGCUCUGCGUUCAAAAUAAUCCUAACGAAGCGAGACAAAUGCUGCUGCAGAAUCCUCAGUUGGCUUACGCGCUUCUUCAGGCGCAAGUUGUCAUGAGGAUUGUAGACCCUCACACUGCUGUCAGCAUGCUCCAUAAGGCGAAUCCUAUUCCUAGUGUCUUGCAAGCUGCUGACAAACCCGCGGUUCCUACAACUACUGUUCCUGCUAUUCAUACUUCUAUUCCACCGCCAAGGAUUGAAGAAGCUUGGGCUGCUGCUAGGGCUGCUGUUCCACCGGCUAUUAAUCCACCAGCUCCUAUUUUUGCGAAUCAAGACGUUGAUUUGCGUACAUUAGACCGUCAAAUAGAUCCAAGACUUGCUAGGAUGGACCAAGAUUUACGAGCACCAGCUCAGCCCCAAAUACCGCAACCAAUAGCACCAGUGAGUGUGCCUCCAGUGAUUCCACCCUCGGUCGUUGACACGCGCAACACUGGAUUCAUGCCUGACAAAUUUAAUAAUUUAAGCAGCGCUCUUCCUGCUGAGGGAAUAGAAAGUUUUUGCAGAGACCCCAGAGCUGACAGGUUUGGACGCGAUCCACGUGACCCUAGGAUGACAAUUGAUCCCAGAAUUCCUAAAGUCAAUGCACCGGCAGCAAUAGUUCCACCUCCGGUCCAAAGACCUGUUGUUACAUCGACGGUACCACCACCAAUAGCACCAAGCACUUUAAAUUCAACUCAACCACCUACAACAGCUGGUAUUCCUUCUAAUAAUUCAACAGCGACUUCGAGGCUUAUGGCUGGCAUGUCUUCAUCCGGUAGCAUUCCAUCUGGUGCUUCGGAUCAAGAAAAAGCGGCUUUGAUUAUGCAAGUGCUUCAAUUAUCAGAUGAACAAAUAGCGAUGCUACCACCAGAGCAAAAGCAGAGUAUCCUUGUUCUUAAAGAACAAAUUGCUAAAAGUACACAGCGCUAA